AUGUAUAUCCCCACCAUCCGUAGCUCCCUCUCCCGUUCGUCCUCGACAGCCGUCGAGACGGCCCACUCCCCCCCGACUUCCGCCAUGACGACAACUGCUACCCCCGCAGCGGCAGCCGCAACCGCCCUCUCCGCGGAGGCAAAAUACUGGUCUGAACCAGCCAACACCUGGGAAGCGCCAUCAUGGAGCGAGCCAGCCAACACCUGGACAGAACCGGCAUGGAGCGAGCCAGCCAACACCUGGACAGAGCCAGCAUGGAGCGAGCCAGCCAACACCUGGACACAACCCGCGUGGACCAGCACCUGGACCUCAGUCCCCACCGCAACUUCUUGGGACCCAUCCUGGACGCCAUCCUCAACUUCCUGGGCUUCUCCCAAGUCAUCCACAUCUCCUGACCCCAGUGUCAGUGGUAAGCCAAACGGCCCAUUGAUCGCUGGGGUUGUCUUCGGUACGCUGGGUGAAUAUAUAGGUUUCUCUGGUAUAUAUAUACUUAUACAUAAAAAUACUGGUCAUAAAUACGUAGGUUCAUCUAAUUUAUUAAGACGUAGAAUGAAUUACUAUUUUAAAGGAGAUUUCCCUGCUCUGCAAGCAAGCAAGCAGGUGGUCUUCUCCUUCUCUUCAUGAUCUUGAUUUUGACGAAGGGGAAGAUUGUACGAUGGUUUCGUCGACGGAAUGGGGUGGAGGAGCCACAUCAUGAGAUGCAGCCGCAGCCAACACCGAAUCCAUAUGCGGGACGACAGUAUGGGCAACCCGCUAUCUAAGGGUAGUUGGUUUGUUCCUCACUGUUUUCUUGCAUUAAAGUUUGUGAUUGGUUUUUAGUGAGUCUUGUUCUUUUGGGAUUUUGCUAAUUUUUGGAAUUAGGGACAAUUCAUCAUCGAGUCUUUAUUGGAGUGCGAGUUUUGUUUUACUCUAGCUGACUGGUUGGCUAACCUUUGCUUUUAGGUACUUGGCAUGGCGUUACAAUAACCCCCUGAUUAUUAUCAUGAAUACCCAUGACUACACAGGAGUAACCAUGAAGUAAGUUUACUUCUUUAUCCCCCCUUUGGCUAACAGUUUACAGGCUUAGGUCUAGAUAUUCACAUCCCCUUUUGAAAUUAAAACAUUUAAAUUCUCAUUUCAUUCCAGUUCAAGUAACAAUAAGUAUAUAUCAAGUAAGUCUCUUUCUUUUCCUUUGCUAACAUCUGACACAGUCCGUGCCUGA